AUGAACAAUAUAUUGAAACCUUCUGAUACAAUCGAUACUAGUACUGUUGAAUGUGAACACACUUUCUCAACUUUCGCUAAAGCUUAUAAUAGUUAUAAGCAAGCACUUUUUGUAUACGAAAAACAAGAAAAAUAUACUGGAAACAAUGACGCAUAUACCACCAAACGUAUUGGAUAUUCCUUCGCUAUCAGCAUAUAUUAUCGCAAACAUGACAAAGAAUUUGCUAUUACUAAGUUAUGCCUGAAGCACAACCAUGAUCCUUGUUCUGAUGCUACAAAAUUCAGCAGUGUUAUAAAAAAACUUGAUCAAAAUAAUCUCAAAUUGAUAGAAAAACUACACAAUGAUAGACUUAGAACAAAGAACAUUUUUUUAGUGUUGAAUUCUGUUAGCACAAAAUAUAUUCAUAAACCUGAUGUUUACAAUACCAUAAGUUGUCAACGACAGUUGAAGUUAAAAGGUUUAAGCGAAAUCAAAAUACUUCUCAAAAAUUUGCGUGAGGAUAAAAAUAUUAUAGAUGAUAUUGCAUUAAAAAAUAUAUUUAAUGACGAAUGA